GUCAUAAACCUAUUUAUUCAGAAGUUUAGAUAAGAAUUGUUUGUCCUGUCCAUUAAAUACAGAAUUAUUUACUACCAAAUUGUUUGAAACAUCGUCUGCAGGAAGUAGAAGGAUGUCUGGCGCGCAGUUCAACAGAGGGCCUGCAUAUGGAUUUUCAGCGGAAGUAAAAAAUAAGAUUGCUCAAAAGUAUGAUCCUCAGAAAGAGGAGGAACUGAGGGUUUGGAUAGAGGGGCUGACAGGCCGCUCCAUUGGAGAUGAUUUUCAGAAAGGCUUGAAAAACGGCGUCAUACUAUGCGAGCUGAUAAACAAACUGAGACCUGGCUCAGUGAAAAAGAUAAACAACUCAGCCCAAAACUGGCAUCAGCUUGAGAACCUGACCAACUUCAUUAAAGCAAUUACUGCCUACGGACUGAAGCCUCAUGACAUUUUUGAGGCCAAUGACCUGUUUGAGAAUGGAAACAUGACCCAGGUUCAGACCACUCUCCUCGCUCUCGCUGGCAUGGCCAAAACCAAGGGCGUGCAGUCAAGUGUGGACAUUGGAGUCAAGUACGCUGACAAACAGGAGAGGGCAUUUGAUGAGGAAAAGAUGAAGGCAGGACACUGUGUCAUUGGACUUCAGAUGGGAACAAACAAGUGUGCAAGUCAAGCUGGAAUGAAUGCUUAUGGUACUAGAAGACAUCUGUAUGACCCCAAAGCCCACAUCCUUCCUCCUAUGGACAACUCUACCAUCAGUCUGCAAAUGGGCACCAAUAAAGGUGCAAGCCAAUCGGGCAUGACUGCUCCCGGGACCAGGCGCGCCAUCUAUGACCAAAAGCUUGGUACAGACAAAUGCGACAACUCCACCAUGUCUCUACAGAUGGGAUACAACCAAGGAGCUAAUCAGAGCGGACAAAACUUUGGGCUGGGCCGUCAGAUCUACGAUGCCAAGUACUGCCCAAAAGGUGUUCCUGGUGAGGAUCAGGCUGAGGCUGAAGCUGGUGGCUACAUGCAAGAUUACCAAGAUGAAGGGUAUCAGGGAUACCAGGAUGAGGGACAGGAUUACUGAAUAGAGUUUGCAAGCUGCAAGCUGCAAGGCAAUCUAUAAGUAUAAUAUCCUGAGUGAUCAGUGCUAUGCUAAAUUGUCUCUGAAAGUGACCAGUGACCAGCUGUACAUACA